GCAGCGUCGCGCUGUGGCGUCAUCGCGGCGCCAGGGAGCCCGUGCAGCGCGGCGCGGCCGGAGCCCCGGGACAGUCCCGGGACAGCCGGGCCGGGACCGCGAGGGGCGAUGGCUCAGGACAGGGACGGGCCUCCGGCCAAGCGGUUCAAGGCGGCGCCCCCCGGCACGCAGCCGCAGGGCGCCGCGCCGCCCGCACACGUGCAGCGCCGCUGCCUGCCCAUCUCCGGGGCCCGCGGGCCGCUGCUGGCCCGGCUGCGCCGCCUCGACACCGCCGUGCUCAUCGGGGAAACAGGCUCGGGGAAGACCACGCAGCUCCCUCAGUACCUGUACGAGGCGGGGAUCGGCCAGCCCGGGGUCAUCGCUGUGACCCAGCCCCGCAGGGUGGCAGCUGUCACCCUGGCUGCCAGGGUGGCUGAGGAGAAGAGGACAGAGCUGGGGAAGCUGGUGGGCUACACCGUGCGCUUCGAUGACUGCUCGUGCGCCGAGACGCGGCUGCGGUUCCUGACGGACGGGAUGCUGCUGCGCGAGGCCAUCGGGGACCCCCUGCUGCACAAGUACAGCGUGGUCAUCCUGGACGAGGCCCACGAGAGGACCAUCCACACUGAUGUGCUCUUCGGGGUGGUCAAAGCCGCUCAAAAGAAGCGAAAGGAGCGAGGCCUGCGGCCGCUGAAAGUGAUUGUCAUGUCAGCCACGAUGGAUGUUGACCUGUUCUCCCAGUACUUCAAUGGAGCUCCUGUCAUCUACCUGGAGGGCCGGCAGCAUCCCAUUGACAUCUUCUACACCAAGGAGAGGCAGAGUGACUACCUGCAGGCAGCACUGGUGUCCAUCUUCCAGAUCCACCAGGAAGCCCCUGCGUGCCAGGACAUCCUGGUGUUCCUGACUGGUCAGGAAGAAAUUGAAGCAAUGACCAAAACCUGUCGGGACGUUGCCCAGCAUCUCCCCGAGGGCUGCCCCCGGAUGACAGUGCUGCCCCUUUAUGCUUCUCUGCCCCACUCCCAGCAACUCCGUGCCUUCAAAUCUACCCCUGAGGGCUGUCGCAAAGUGAUCCUCUCCACCAACAUCGCAGAAACCUCCAUCACCAUUGCUGGCAUAAAAUUCGUUGUGGACACAGGCAUGGUCAAAGCCAAGAAGUACAGCCCUGAAACUGGCCUGGAGGUGCUGGCAGUGCAGCAGGUGUCCAAGGCCCAGGCCUGGCAGCGCACGGGCAGAGCAGGCAGACAGGAGAGCGGCGUCUGCUACCGCCUCUACACCGAGGAGGACUUUGAGAAGUUUGAGGAAAUGACAACACCUGAGAUACAGAGGUGUAACCUGGCCAGUGUGGUGCUUCAGCUCCUGGCCCUGAAAAUUCCCAAUGUGCUCACCUUUGACUUCAUGGCCAAACCAUCUCCUGAUGCUAUUCAAGCAGCAAUUGAUCAGCUGGAUCUGCUGGGAGCUGUGACCCAAAAGGAGGGUCAGCUUGUCCUGACCCCCCUGGGAAAGAAAAUGGCAGCCUUUCCACUAGAUCCUAAGUUCUCCAAGGCCAUCCUCCUGUCACCCAAGUUCCACUGUGCAGAGGAGAUCCUGACCAUCGUGGCACUGCUGUCAGUGGACAGUGUCCUCCACAACCCCCCUGCCCAGCGGGAUGAGGUGCAGGCUGUCAGGAAGAAAUUCAUCUCCAGUGAGGGGGAUCAUCUCACCCUGCUCAACGUGUACAGGGCCUACAAGAACGUCAACGGGCACAAGGGAUGGUGCAGAGAGAACUUCAUCAAUGGCAGGAACAUGAAGCUGAUGGCAGAAGUCAGAGCUCAGCUCAGGGACAUUUGUGUAAAGCUGUCGAUGCCCCUGGAGUCGUGCCGCGGGGACACGGCCGGCGUGCGGCGCUGCCUGGCGCACAGCCUGUUCAUGAACGCGGCCGAGCUGCGGCCGGACGGCUCCUACAGCACGGUGGGCUCCCACCAGGUGGUGGCCAUCCACCCCUCGUCCGUGCUGUUCCAGUGCAAGCCCGCCUGCGUGGUGUACAACGCCCUGCUGCGCACCAACCGCUGCUACAUGCGCGACCUGUGCCUGGUGGACGCGCGGUGGCUGCACGAGGCCGCGCCCGACUUCUUCCGCAGGAAACUCCGCGCGGCCAGCGGCUGAGCCACGUGGGACAGCUGGCUGGUCGCCUUGAACGACCUCUAUAUUCAUUAAAUUUUUUAAAAAUAACUGUUUUUUUAUAACCUUAA